AUGCCAGGAACCAACAGACAGCUAGACGGCGCUCUGGCGGCUCUGCUGGCCCGUCGGGAAUCGCACGGCAAGCUCAGACGGUUGACAAAACCGCUAGCGCAUUGCGUCGAUUUCUCUUCGAAUGGCUAUCUCUCGUUGUCCACCAACCUCGAGAUCCAGGAGCAGCUUCUCGCGCGGCUGCAAGCUAGGGUAGCAGCGGGCGCCGCGGACAUCGACCGGGCGGCUGGUUCCCGCGCGUCGAUACUCGGCUCGGGGGGCUCUCGCCUGCUCGACGGCAACUCGUCCUUCGCGGAGGAGAUCGAGGCCAGAAUCGCAGCCUUCCACCGCUCCGAGACGGCGCUCCUCUUCACGUCCGCGUACGACGCCAACACCGGGCUCCUCGGCAGCGUCCCGCAGCCCGGCGAUGUGAUCGUCUACGACGAGCUGAUCCACGCGAGCGUGCACGACGGGAUGCGCAUGAGCCGAGCCGGCAGGAAAAUACCGUUCGCCCACAAUUCCGUGUCCGGGUCUCGUCCCGGAGCUGGCGCCGAAGCCGGAGACGGCCGGCUCGGCCGCCAGAGCGAGAAUAAAAAUCUCGAGCACGUCCUGGGACAGCUAUCCGGGCGCGAGGGGAGCGAAGAUGUCAGAAGUGGCAAGGCGAAUGUCUUCGUUUGCGUCGAGGGGCUGUACAGCAUGGACGGCGACGUCGUGCAUCUGCAAAAGGUCGUGGACGCGGUAGACCGAUGUCUACCAUCGGGGAACGGCUACAUCAUAGUAGACGAGGCUCAUUCGGUGGGUGUGUUCGGUGACGACGGCCGCGGUUUGGUGUGUAAGUCAGGUCUAGAAGACCGGAUAUGGGCGCGAGUCCUCGGCUUUGGGAAGGCUAUUGGCUGCUCAGGAGGUGUCGUGCUAUGCUCUUCUACCGUCCGGUCAUAUUUAAUAAACUAUGCCAGAAGCCUCAUUUACACCACAUCCAUGCCUUUCACGUCGCUGGCUAGCAUAGAGGUAGUCUACGAUUAUCUCGUCAGCGGCCGUUCUAAGCCGCUAAGGGAGCACCUGGAGGAGUUGAUCCAUUAUACACAUUGCCAACUUCGCGCUAUUUGUGCUCGGCAGCGACCAGGCCAGCUCAUGAUCCGCGUCCAAGAGGCGCCCGCAGUAUCGCCCAUCAUCCCCGUGCUCACCCCCUAUCCCCGGGCCCUCGCAGAACACUGCCAACGAUCCGGGUUCAUGGUACGCCCGAUUGUUGCCCCAACGGUUCCUGCGGGGAGCGAGAGGAUAAGGGUUUGCGUACAUUCUGGCAACACAAUCGAACAAGUAGACGGGUUGUGCAAGGCAAUUGAGGCAUGGGUACGACAAAAUCAUGGGGCCGUAGAGAGAGACGAGAGACGAGAUAAGAGCAAAGGUCUCGGCGAAGUCACCAAGACCCAUAAUGUACUCAGCCAGGACAGGCCACGACUCUAAGAAUCUAUAUACUCUAGUAAGAGGGCCAUGCCGGAUUCCCACCGACAAAUCGAAGAAGACACCAGCUAGUUCCAGCUAAAUCGCCUAGCUCAGCUCGUUAGGGGGCGGAGACUUGUCGAAACUCCUCAUGGGCUCCAGCCCCCAGCGGUCGAACAUGUCCUUGUCCUCGUCCCAGCCGUUGCACUCCGUCGUC